UCUACCUCACAAACCUUAACAACCUCCUACUCACCGAGCAUUUGUGCACUUUGAGGAAGUCCAGUGAUGCUGCUGCCGCGAAAAUAGACUGAGGGGGAAAGUUACUCAACAAUACUACCUGGAGGACAACUGAGUGUCAACCCUGUAACAGGAUGUUACUCAAAAUCCUGCUGGGCUUCCUGUGUGGCGUCAGAGCUUUGGCCGCAGAAAACACCGCGGCCCAGCAGGGUCCUUCUCCUCCUCCUCCUCCUCCGCUGCUGGUGGUGUCGUUCGACGGUUUCCGAGCGGACUACCUGCAGAGGUUCCCCAUGCCCAACCUGGAGCUCCUGUACAGCCAGGGGGUCCUGGUGGAGCAGCUCACCAACGUCUUCAUCACCAAGACGUUCCCCAACCACUACAGCCUGAUGACGGGGCUGUACGCCGAGUCCCACGGCAUGAUCUCCAACAACAUGUACGACCCCGUCACCCACAAGGAGUUCCACGUCAAGGGUCACAACAGCGACCCGGUGUGGUGGAACGAGGCGCGGCCCCUCUGGCUCACGGCGCUGGACUUCGGCUACAAGACGGCGACUAUGAUGUGGCCCGGCUCCGACGUGGUCAUCGGCAACCGCACGCCGUCGCACUUCUUCCCCUACGACUCUCAGGUGACGUUCCGGCAUCGACUGGGGAACGUAACAAACUGGAUGUUGGGAGACGGAAAGGAGCAAGGGGUGAUGUUCGCAGCUCUCUACUGGGAGGAGCCGGACUCGUCGGGACACCUAUAUGGCCCUGACAACAUCACUGCUAUGGGCAAAGUGCUCGAGGAGGUCGACGACAACAUCGGCCUGCUUGUUUCGGAGCUGAAGCGGACCGGCCUCUGGGGUCGCGUCAACCUGGUGGUAACCAGUGACCACGGCAUGGUCCAGUGCUCGCCCGAGCGCCUCAUACUGCUGGACAAAUGCGUCCAACCCGACACCUACAAACUAGUGGACCAAACGCCUGUCGCAGCCAUCAUCCCACUUAAAGUUGCAGACACAGCGCACAUCUUCAAACAGCUGAGUGCGUGCCACGCCCAUAUGACAGCAUAUUUGAAAUCGGACAUCCCCGACAGGCUUCACUACCGGAACAAUGAGCGCAUCCAACCGAUCAUACUGAUCGCUGACGAGGGCUGGUCCAUACUGCAGAGAGGGGACCAUCCAGCACAUCUUGGCAAUCACGGCUACGACAACUCCCUACCCAGCAUGCACCCCUUCAUGGCGGCGUCGGGGCCCAGCUUCCGUCGGGGUUAUCGAAUGAGCAGCAUGCAGAGCGUGGACAUUUACCCGCUCAUGUGCCACCUGCUGUCGGUGCCGCCGCGGCCCAACAACGGCAGCCUGACCCAGGCCCGCUGCCUGCUGGCUGCCGAGUUCUGCUGGGCCGCCCCUCAGGUGAUCGGCAUGGUGGUUGGCGUCCUGCUGACGCUCACUUCAAUCACUGUUCUGUUGUGGUGUGUGAGAUCGCGCCGCCGGUCAGACUCACGGCCCUUCCAGAGGCUGCAGGUUGACGACGAUGACGACGACGAAGAAGCCUUGUGGGAAUAAACCAGUUACGAGCCGGCUGCCGCGCCCGAACCUCUCCCUGCUUUAAGAGGUACUUUACAAGCUGCACUUUACUCACUGAGGCCGACUGAGGUCACUCUGACAUGCGUGUUGUUUUAUGUGCCGGCAUACACACAGACCAGUUGUUUUAUUCAGGUCGUACACUGGGGGAAACACGUCCGUAGGAAAUUUACUCUCCAUAAUGUUACUGUUUUAAACAUCCUGUUACAAUAGACUUGAACAUGUGACGAGAUACCAGCGGCGUUUUUGGUGGGAAUCAUUUUAUAUGCAGCAAGGGAAC